CCGGGGCCAGCCAGCCAGCUUUCCCGGAUAAGGACCUUCUCAAGCGGGACUCCGCUUCCUCCCCUCAGCGGUCCGAUCGGAACGAGACAGCCCGAUCCGAGCAACCCCGUCGCGCGCCCCUCUCUACCCCAGCAGCGGCCCCCCUGACUGCUUCUUGGCCGGAUCUUGUCUGGGCUCUCGCUCCUUCCCUCCCCUGCGCGUGUUCCAGCGACGAGGAGGCGGAGGAGGAGGGGGUGACUCGGUCUUCCCUUUUAUCGGAUUGAUUUCUGACCCAAUCGGGAAGGAUCCGGGCUCCGUUCUGCGGUGCUGCAGUGGUGUGUCUGCCACGGCUGUUUUUCUUUUUUCCUCGCAUUUUUCAAACAAGGAGGAACAUAUCGAUUUGUUGAUUCCCCUCCACCCCUCACCCCAAUAAUUACAUUCCCGGCCUGUCAAUCAUUUUUUCCACCACUGCGGUCCAGUCAAGUUGCCGCCGCGUUGGGACAUGGACGAACCCCAGUGAGGGAGCCUCACACGCCGACGUGAUUCGGACUGGAAUCCCGACUGAACAUGUUGAUCCCCGUUUCCACGGUAACCCAGAGGAGGAGUUAACCUGCCAAACGAGCCCAGUCGCGACCCCGCCCUCACCGACGCACGCCCCCACGGGACUUUUUCUGAUACCGGCCGGACGCUGAACGGCGCGGCGAGGACCACCGACAUGGCCAACAACACGACGGAGCACCCUCCGGGGAACUCGGUCGCCGACGGCAACCAAGACGGCGACUUCGGGGUGACGGUCGGCGACCUGCGGGGACUCAUGGAGCUGCGCAGCGGCGAAGCCGUCAAUAAGAUACGGGACGAUUACGUGGACGUGCAGGGCAUCUGCAGACGACUCAAAACCUCGCCCAUCGAAGGUCUUUCGGGCAACCCGGUGGACCUGGAGAAGCGACACGCGGCCUUCGGUCAGAACUUCAUCCCGCCUAAGAAACCCAAAACCUUCCUGCAACUGGUGUGGGAAGCGCUGCAAGACGUCACGCUGAUCAUCCUGGAGAUCGCCGCCAUCAUCUCGCUGGGCUUGUCCUUCUACCACCUGGAAGGCGGAGAUAGCGAAGCGUGCGGCCAAGCGUCGGGCGGCGUGGAGGACGAGGGCGAGGCUCAGGCGGGCUGGAUCGAGGGCGCCGCCAUCUUGUUCUCCGUCAUCAUCGUGGUGCUGGUGACGGCUUUCAACGACUGGUCCAAAGAGAAGCAGUUCCGAGGCCUCCAGAGUCGCAUCGAGCAGGAGCAGAAGUUCACCGUCAUCCGCAAGGGCCAGGUCAUCCAGAUCCCCGUGGCCGAGAUGGUGGUGGGCGACAUCGCGCAGAUCAAAUACGGGGAUCUGCUGCCCGCCGAUGGCAUUCUCAUCCAAGGCAACGACCUCAAGAUCGACGAGAGCUCCCUGACCGGAGAGUCCGAUCAGGUCCGAAAGUCCUUGGAGAAAGAUCCCAUGUUACUCUCGGGGACGCACGUGAUGGAGGGCUCGGGCCGCAUGGUGGUGUCCGCCGUGGGCCUCAACUCCCAGACGGGAAUCAUCUUCACGCUGCUCGGCGCCAGCGAGAACGACGAGGAGAAGAAGGCCAAAAAAAGUAAAAAACAAGGACCCCCCGAAAAUCGCAACAAAGCCAAGACCCAGGACGGCGUGGCCUUGGAGAUCCAGCCGCUGAAAAGCGAAGAGGCGGCCGAGUCGGAGGAGAAGGAGGAGGUCAAGCCCGUCAAGAAGGUCAUCGUGCCCAAGAAGGAGAAGUCGGUGCUGCAGGGGAAGUUAACCCGCCUCGCCGUGCAGAUCGGCAAGGCCGGCCUGAUCAUGUCGGCGGUGACGGUGAUCAUCCUCAUCUUGUACUUCGUGAUCGACACGUUCGGCAUCCAGGGCCGCACGUGGACCUCCGAGUGCACGCCCAUCUACAUCCAGUACUUUGUCAAGUUCUUCAUCAUCGGCGUCACCGUCCUGGUGGUGGCCGUCCCCGAGGGGCUGCCGCUCGCCGUCACCAUCUCGCUGGCCUACUCCGUCAAGAAAAUGAUGAAGGACAACAACCUGGUGCGCCACCUGGACGCCUGCGAGACCAUGGGCAAUGCCACGGCCAUUUGCUCGGACAAGACGGGCACCCUCACUAUGAACCGCAUGACGGUGGUCCAGGCCUACGUGGGCGACACGCAUUACAAGACCGUACCCGAACCCAGCGCCAUCAAACCUGACACGCUGGAGGUCCUGGUGAACAGCAUCUCCAUCAACUCGGCCUACACCACCAAGAUCCUGCCUCCGGAGAAGGAGGGCGGCCUCCCGCGCCAUGUGGGCAACAAAACCGAGUGCGCCCUUCUGGGUUUGGUUCUGGACCUCAAGCGGGACUACCAGCCCAUCCGGGAGGAAGUCCCCGAGGAGAGGAUGUACAAAGUCUACACCUUCAACUCCUCCCGCAAAUCCAUGAGCACCGUCCUCAAAAUGGCCGAGGGCGGAUUCCGCAUGUACAGCAAGGGGGCGUCGGAGAUCAUUCUCAGAAAGUGCUCACGUAUCCUGGACGCCGACGGUCUGCUGCGAGUCUUCAAACCCAAAGAUCGCGACGAGAUGGUGCGCAAGGUGAUCGAACCCAUGGCCUGCGACGGCCUUCGUACCAUCUGCUUGGCCUUCCGCGACUUUCCCGCCGACGUCGGCGAACCCAACUGGGACGUCGAGAACGAGAUCGUCAACGACCUCACCUGCAUCGCCGUGGUUGGAAUUGAAGACCCUGUCCGGCCCGAGGUACCUGAAGCCAUCGCCAAGUGCCAGCGCGCGGGAAUCACCGUUCGCAUGGUGACGGGGGACAACAUCAACACGGCGCGCGCUAUCGCUACCAAAUGCGGAAUUCUGCUGCCCAAUGAGGACUUCCUGGCUCUGGAAGGUAAAGAGUUCAACCAGCAGAUCCGUAACGACAAGGGCGAGGUAGAACAAGAGCGUCUGGACAAAGUUUGGCCCAAACUGCGAGUUUUGGCUCGUUCGUCGCCGACGGAUAAACACACGCUUGUCAAAGGCAUCAUUGACAGCACGGUGGGCGAGACCCGGCAGGUGGUGGCGGUGACGGGAGACGGAACCAAUGAUGGGCCCGCGCUUAAGAAAGCAGAUGUCGGAUUCGCUAUGGGCAUCGCCGGUACGGACGUGGCAAAGGAAGCGUCGGACAUCAUCUUGACGGACGACAACUUCACCAGUAUCGUGAAAGCCGUCAUGUGGGGAAGGAACGUCUACGACAGCAUCUCCAAGUUUUUGCAAUUCCAGCUCACCGUCAACGUGGUGGCCGUCAUCGUGGCCUUCACCGGCGCCUGCAUCACGCAGGAUUCUCCAUUGAAGGCGGUGCAGAUGCUGUGGGUGAACCUGAUCAUGGACACGUUAGCGUCUUUGGCGCUAGCCACCGAGCCGCCCACCGAAUCGCUGCUCCUUCGCAAACCCUACGGACGCAACAAGCCGCUCAUCUCGCGCACCAUGAUGAAGAACAUCCUGGGACACGCCAUCUACCAGCUGGUCAUCAUCUUCACGCUGCUCUUCGCAGGCGAGAAGAUCUUCGACAUGGAUAGCGGUCGCAACGCACCACUGCACUCGCCUCCGUCCGAGCACUACACCAUCGUCUUUAACGUCUUCGUCAUGAUGCAGCUGUUUAACGAGAUUAACGCUCGCAAGAUUCACGGCGAACGCAACGUCUUCGAAGGGAUCUACCGCAACCCCAUUUUUUGCAGUGUCGUCCUCGGAACCUUCGCCUUGCAGAUCAUCAUCGUCCAGUUUGGCGGCAAGCCCUUCUCCUGCACGGCGCUGACCAUCGACCAAUGGCUGUGGUGCGUCUUCAUCGGCGUGGGCGAGCUGCUGUGGGGGCAGCUGAUCUCGUCGGUGCCCACGCACCACUUGAAGUUCCUGAAGGAGGCGGGUCACGGCACCACCAAGGAGGAGCUCCACGAGGAAGAGCUGCCGGAGGACGCCGACGAGAUCGACCACGCCGAGAUGGAGCUCAGGCGAGGACAGAUCCUCUGGUUCCGUGGCCUCAAUCGCAUCCAGACGCAGAUGGAUGUGGUGUACACCUUCCAGACGGGCCAGGCGGCGGUGCCCGGCGCCCUCCGCCGGCAGCCCUCGGUGGUCAGCCAGCACAACGACGCGGGCGGCGCCGGCAAAACGCUCUCUAGUCCCACUCACUUAGGCCUGAGCAUUAAAGUGGUGAACGCGUUCCGGAGCUCGUUGUACGAAGGUCUUCAGAGUCCGGAGUCGCGCAGCUCCAUUCACAGCUUCAUGGCCCAUCCCGAGUUUGUCCCGCUCUCCGAGGAGGAAGCUCGAAUCCCGACCAUCGAGGAGUCGGGAGACGAGAUCCAGACGCUCCCGGGAACUUCCUCGCCCUCGUCCAACCCACUAGGAGACGCGGCCGCGUCUCACGCUUAAGCUUCCUCCUCGCCGCCAUCGCCGCGCUCUACCACCAUCUUGUGCUUUUUUUUUUUCUUUUUUCUCCUCACUCGAACACUCAGAAAUCUGUCGUGAGCAGCUUCAGCCGCUUGUUAAAAGCAUGUGGCUAACGGGGAAUGAAUGAGUUCAACAUUAACGGGGUGUUAGCAUGCGGCUACAAGUCAGACCAUCAUGACACCAAAUGCAUGCUGGACCUCUACUGUUAGCGUGUUGUUAUUAGCAGUUCGUGGCUAACAACAAUGUCGAAUCCGUUGUGCCGACCUCAUUUCAGUUGUUUUUGAGUCGGAGCAAAAAUUCAAUGUGAACAGGUUGUAUAUUACAAGUUGUUAGCACAUAGCUAACAACAGUAAGUCAAAAAUACCAUCCAAAAAGUCUGUUUUCAAAGUUAGCGGGUUGGAGGCACAUGGAUAAAAAUAGUAGCUAGCAAGUCAAAUACGCAUUAUUUACUUUUCUUAAUGUGAAAAUAGGUCUUUAACGUUAAUAGGUUGUUAGCAUAUGGCUAAAAACGACAAAAAGUCUUGCUAACCUCUUUAGUCAAACCAUGAAUCCUAGCAAGAAUUCAAUGUGAACAUGUUGUAGGUUGUUAGCAACGCAAAAUAACAACACGUGACUAACAACAACAAGACAAAAAUGCCAUCCAAAAAUUCAGUUUUUAAUGUUAGCGGGUUGGACGCACCUGGCUAAAAAUAGUUGCUAGCAAGUAAAAUACUCAUUACUGACUUUUCUAAAAGUGGAACGCCGUCUUUAACGUUAGCGGGUGGUUAGCAUAUGGGUAAAAACAGCAAAAAGUCUUGCUAGCCACUGUAAUCUAACAAAGUCAAACCGUGAAUCCCAGCAAGAAUUCAAUAUGAACAUGUUGUAGGUUGUUCGCAACCCAGAAUAACUAAUUGUUAGCACUUGGCUCACAACAGCAAGUCAAAAAUACCAUCCAAAAAUUCAGUUCAUAAUGUUAGCCGGUUGGAAGCACAUGAUGAAAAAUAAUUUUAAGUCAAAUACACUUCCCUGACUUUUUAUUAACUUGGAAAUCUGUCUUUCAUGUUGCGGGUUGUUAGCAUGUGGCUAAAAACAGCAAAAUGUCAUGCAAAUUACACGAUAUUUGACAAAUGUGUGAGGAAUUUGCGAGCCACGUGGCUACAAACAACUAAAUCCUUGUCAUGCUAGCAGCUUUAGCCUAACAAAGUCAAAACAUCAAAGCAAGAAUUCAACGUGAACAUGUUGUUAGCACGUGGCUAGCAAAAACAAGUUAAAAAUGGCAUCCAAAAAUUCACUUUUUAAUGUUAGCGGGUUGGAAGCACAUGGCUAAAAAUAGUUGUCUGCAUGUGGCUAAUAAGUCAAGCACUAUUUUUUUUUUUUUUUUUAAUUUGUAUAUGGAAAUCUGUCUCUAACAAUAGCGGCAUUUUAGCAUAUAUCUAAAAACGGCAAAAAGUCGAGCAAAUUCCGCGCCAUUCCACAAAUGUGUGAGGAAGUUGCGAGCCACGUAGCUACAAAUAUGAAAUCCUUGUCAUGCUAGCAGCUUUAGCCUAACAAAGUCAAACCAUGAAUCCCAGUAAGAAUUCAAUGUGAAAAUGUUAGUAACCCAAAAUAACUUAUUCUUAGCACGUGGCUAACAACAGCAAUGCAACAAUGCCAUUCAAAAAUUCUGUUUUUAAUCUUAGCGGGUUGGACGCACAUGGCUAAAAAUAGUUGUCAGCUUGCGGCUAACAAUUCAAAUACUCAUUACUUUUUUUGUGUAUGGAAAUCAGUCUUUAUCAUUAGCGGGAUGUUAGCAUAUGGCUAAAAACAGCAAAAAGUCGAGCAAAUUCCGCGCCAUUCCACAAAUGUGUGAGGAAGUUGCGUGCCACGUGGCUACAAACAACUAAAUCCUUGUCAUGCUAGCAGCUUUAGCAUAACAAAGUCAAACCAUCAAAGCAAGAAUUCAAUGUGAACAUGUUGUUAGCACGUGGCUAACAGUUACAAGGUAAAAAUGCCAUUCAAAAAUUCUGUUUUUAAUGUUAGCGGGUUGGAAGCACAUGGCUAAAAAUAAUUGUCAGCAUGUUGCUCACAAGUCAACAACUCAUUAAUUUUUUUUUUUUUUGUACAUGUAAAUCGGUCUUUAACUUUAGCGGGUUGUUAGCAUAUGGCUAAAAAUGGCAUAAAAGUCUUGUUUGCAGCUUUAGCCUAACAAAGUCAAAACAUCAAUCCCAGCAAGAAUUCAAUGUGAAAAUGUUGUUAGCAACCCAAAAUAACAGGUUGUUAGCACGUGGCUAACAAUAACAAGGUAAAAAUGCCAUUCAAAUAUUCUUUUUUUUUAAAAUAUUAGCGGGUUGGACGCACAUGGCUAAAAAUAGUCAGCAUAUGGCUUACAAGUCUAACACUCAUUAGUUCUUUUUGGUACACGUAAAUCGGUCUUUAACGUUAGCGGGUUAUUAGCAUGUAGCUAAAAACUGCAAAGAGUCUAGCAAAUUACACACCGUUACGUGAGUGAUUGUUUUUGGUUUGAUUUUUUUUUUCUUUUGUUUUGUUUUUGGUUUUUUUGCAAGUGGAAAGCCACGUGGCUACAAGUAAAAAAAAAAUUUAAAAAAACCUUUCUCUUGCUAGCAACUGUAGCCUAACGUCAAACCAUGCCCUCGCCCUCAUUCCUUUAUUUUUUUUUAGUCUAUGUGAACGGGUUGAUAGCAUUACGUGAGUUGUUAGCAACCAAAAAUGUUAGCAAGUAGCUAACAUCAUUAAAAUGCUUAUUCCUGCCACCCAAACAUUCCACCUCAGCAGGUUUUUAAUGUCAGCAGGUUGUAAGCACAUGACUAAAAUAGUUGUUAGCAUGUGGCUAAUUAUUAACAUGGAAAUAACUCAUUUGCCGGUCUUUAGCAUCUGUGGGUUUGUUAGCACGUGGCUAAAAACUACAGGAACUCAAGCAGAUUCAGGAUACAUACAUACAGGAAGAUUUUUUUUUUUUCGAGUCGUUAGCCACGUAUGGCUAAAACAAGCCUUGUUAGGACCGCGUAACCACACUUGCCACAAUUCCUGCCACUUUUUUCUUACCGUUACAAAGUUUUUUUCAGUUUUAGCUAAGUGUCAGCAUGUGCUAACAACAAGUCUAACAAUCAUUUUGUGCCACUUUCUUUUUAGCAGCUUUUUCUCAUUAGCAGCUUUUUUAGCAUUAGCGCAUUGUUAGCAGCAUGCAGCCUAAAACACUAGUCCAACACAUUGGCGGCAAAAGUCCCGCCAUUCUAGUUUUUUUUUUGUUUCCUCGCAGCAAAAAUUCCAAGUAAACCGCUUUAUAGCAUUAGUGUGUUAUUAGCAUGUGGCUAAAAACAACGAUAACAUAAAGUCCAAGCGCUCAGAAUUCCCACCGUGGUUUGUUUUUGUUCAUAUUUUUGUUCAUAUUUUUAAUUUGUAAGUAGCGUUAGCGAGUUGUUAGCAGCAUGUGGCUAAAAAUAACAAAAGCGACUACAAAAAAUGUAACACUGUACUUAAUCAGUCGGGAAAAAAAUAGUGCGGUGAUCGUGUACAUACGCUUCCGCUAACGAUUAUUUGUUCUGUUUUUGUUGGGGUUUUUUCUAUGACAAAGAAUGGAUUUUUUUUUUUUUUUUAUGUUCACCUUCUAGUGAAUGUUUGUUGUGUCACACUACUACAGUCCUUUAAGAAAACCUUUUUUCUUGUUAGCGUCUUUUUUUUCCGCUGUUUGCAUGUGGAAAGACAGAAUGUUUACGCUAAAAUUUGGGCAAUUUGAGGGGAAAAUGUUAGCGGGGGAGGGGGGGACGCAUGUUUUUUUCCCACUACCGUUGCGUCGCAUGCUCACUUUGGAAUGAAUAUCUGGCCAGGAAGUCCACUUCCUGUCAUGGUCGAUGAGUAUGUGCUGUGGUAGUUAGCAUAGAAUAAAAUUAGAAUUCAUUGGCAGCAAAAAUGACCGCAAAAACUUUCCUGGCCAUCACACAGGAAGUGGACCCUUCCUGUCGGCCAUUUUGGGUGCGUCUUUAUUUUUCUUUGUCAAAUUCGACGGACACAAACUCAAGAAAGAAGGACUUUUUCAGUGUCCGAGGUGGUAGGCUUUGUUUUUUCUAUGUAAUACAGAGCCAUAUUCACUGGAGCCAGGUGUUGUUUUUUUUCCUUUUGGACUUUCAGCCCAUAAUAAGCAAAAGAAGAAAAAAAAAAACUUGGUCGUCACUGCCGCCAGCGUCUCCAAGGACCUGUCCGAUGUUUACAUGAAGAGAUCGCCGCUCAUUCCCUGCCAGUUUUUUGCCCGCACUUCCUGCGUUCCGGCGAUAGGGGGCGUGUCUCUUUGCAUGCCUUUUCAUAUCCAUGUGUUGCUCAUUUUUUUAACGACUCUUGUGUAUUUUUAUAUUCACGACUUUCUAAUAUUUCGGAGGAUACGCGAGUCGUCGGCGACGCUCCGCCCAUGUUUGUUUGCCCCGCCCCCUCGCACUCUCUUUGACGUUGAUGCCACGUGUGCGUGUCGCAGCCACGUCGACCGCACGCGCGCCCCCCGAGUGGCUUGUUUACUUCCCGCUCGGACAGAAUGCCGACAUUCCGACGGGCUGCCGACCCUCCUCGGGCGCCGACCGGGAGAGCCUUUUUCCAUCCGAACAUUACAGAAGCGUCACCGCAUCGGCACGGACACGAGAACGUCCUGUAUAUGUCGCCGUGGUGACAGCAUCUCGGAUCUUCGUACGUCAUCCCUGUGACGACAUCAUCGGAAUAUCCCAACAUCGCCUAGCAUCUUGACGCACUCCAGAGCGUCCUAAACACAUCGCCAUGGCGACAUCAUUCCCACAAACUUUGCGACAAGGGCCUCUUGACUUUAUCAUGGCAACAGUGUCUCACCAAUCUCCAAACAUUGCCAGCAAAAGCGUUGCCACGGUGGUGGCAACUUCACAAACUUUGCUUCUGUGAUGAAAGCGGAACUAGCAUCACCACAGUAACAACACUAGCUCCCCGACCCAACAAGAGCAUCCCCAUGGCGACAGCAUCCAAGCAUCACCCUGGCAACCGAAACAUUAAACAGCAUUAUCAAGGAAACGAGCAUCCUUGGCUAUCUUAAGGAUCUAAAUACAUCAUCCCCAUGGUAACCGCAUCGCCACAAACUUUGAGACGAAGGCAUCUUGGAAUUGCCAUGGUAACCACACUGGCGAUAUCUCCAAAAUUUUCAAACAUUACCGCAGUAUCGCCAAGUCGACAAGAGCGUCACCAAGGCAACGGCAUUUGUGGUUCUCUGUACAUCAUCGUCAUGGCGACAGCAUCUCAACAAACUACGAACUUUGCCUGAAAAGGUAUCACCGUGGCGACUCGGCAUCACCCAUGGUAACCACAUCUCGCCGGCGCAACAGCGACGACAUCUUUGGUACUCCAUAUAUCAUUACCAUGGCGACAGCAUCCAAACAUCUCUGAGGCAACAGACUCGUCAAACAGCAUCGUCUAGGAAACGAGAGCAUCCUAAAAACACCGAUGCGGCGAACUUCAAGACCACGGCAUCCCGGCAUCGCCACGGCAACAGCAACACCACAAACUUUAAGACAAGGCAUCUCGACCAUGGUAACCACGGCGACACCUCAACAAUUUCCUAACAUAACCCUAAUCACGCCCAGUCAAAAAGGGCGUUGCCACGGCGACAGCAUCAUAAACUUUGCCCCCGGUAACAAAAGCUUCCUGCUUAACAUUGCCAUGGUAACCACCAAUCUCCAAACAUUGCCUCAGUAUCGCCAAGGUAACAAGCAUCGCCACGAUGACCCCGUCUUCCCAAAACAUCGUCGCUUUGGCAACAACAAAACAGCGUCACCAUGGCGACAAGAACAUCACACGGCAUCGCCAUGGCGGGUAACUCUGCAUCACCUGUGGUCACAACAUCUCGCCAACAAGAGCAUUGCUACGGUGACAGCAUCAAUGCUACGCCAUAGAUCAUUACCAUGGCGACAGCAUCCAAACAUCUCCGAGGCAACAGACUCAUCAAACAGCAUCAUCAAGGAAACGAGAGCAUCCUAAAAAAAAAAUGACGUGGCGACAGCAUCCAUCACCACGAUGGCAGCAGCAUCUCCGCAAACUUUGAGAUGAGGGCAUCGCCAUGGCGAUAGCAACUUCACAAACUUUGAGACAAGGCAUCCACGGUAACCACGGCGACACCUCAACAAUUUCCUAACUUUAGUAUCGCCAACUCCAAAAAGGGCGUCGCCACGGCGACAGCAUCUUCACAAACUUUGCCCCCGGUGACGAAAGCGUUCUGCGGGUGUCUUGACAUUGCCAUGGUAACCACCUAUCUCCAAACAUUGCCUCCGUAUCGCCACGGUAAUGAGCAUCGCCAUGGUGACCGCAUCCUCCCAAAACCACGCCGACAGAAACAUCACACGGCAUCGCCGUGGCGACAUCGAACUUUACUACACUGCCACCACGAAGAGCGUCGGCAAACACGAACAUCGCCACGACGACCGCAUCUUUCCGAACCCGAGACUGCCACGAAAGCGGUCGGCGCCCGCGGCGGGACGUCUCUUUCGGCGGCCGGUUUACAACCGGGAGGACUACCGUGUGUUUUUCCGGGGAAUGUCAGCGCCCCCUGCACGCGGUAUCGUGUAAAUAAUCACAAUAGUAAUCAUCACCGCCCAGCAUAGCUUUAAAAGAAGGAAAAAUAACCUGCCAAAGUCCAGAAAGCUUGUUUUUUCUGUCCCGCCCACCCAUCGUGUUGGACUUGCUUGCCUAAGAAAAAAAAAAAAAAAUCCGGACGAGACUGUCAAAUUCCAUGAACGCGAAUGAUUUCUCGACAUCCGGCACAGAGAAGAAACCUGCCUUUCUCGAAAAAAAAAAAACUUUUCUAUGUCACAUGAUCCGUAUAUUUAUAUCUAGUAUGUGUGUCUAUACAUAUAUAUAUAUAUUAGAUGUAAAUAUAUAGAUACCUUCUCAGUCGAUGGCAAAAAAAACAAAACUUGUUUCUGUGCUAACGAUGCUAACAAUGCUAAUGAUGAUGAUCUAAUUAGGUGCGUGAUGGUUGGUGUUAUUUUUUUUAAUCUGCGGCAUAAUCAUAUGUGUGGCAUGCAUGACAUAUAAAUAUUACCUAUCCACAAUUUUCCGUGGUUUGAAAAAGCAAUAUGUCCGACCUGGUGCGAUUGGUCGCCUCGUGUUCCGUGUCGCCCCGAGUCACUACUUCCCGCCCACGAAAAAACAAAAAAGACAAAAAAAAGAGCAAGUGCAUUUGGAUCAAACUAAGUGUUGAGUGUUCAAUGUCGUGUGUUGUGCAUGUUUUUAGUACGGAAUGGAACAUCCCAAAUUUUGACUUUUUGGUUUCCCUCAUCCAAGCGGACAAACGCCGACAUACCCGUCCGUCCCUUCUGCGCGAUCGUUUGACGCUCCGCCGAUCGCGUCCGCCCAUAAAGCGAUAGACGCCUGAAAAUGUUCCGUCGAUUUACCGGAUUAAUUUGAGAGAGAGAAAAUAUGUUUUGCCAUUUUGAUUAAUUGCAGUUAAUUGCAUAUUGUAUGAUAAUGAAGUCAAAAGGAUUAGAGCACUUGUUGAUGGUAGCUUUACAUGCAGAGAUGCAAAAGUUCAGUAGAUUUUGUGAAGAAACAUCCGGUUCGGCCAAAAACGCACCCAUUCAUUUCUAAUGGGAAAAAUUUCCCAUUGAUUUCCAAUUGCCAUAUUCGCCAUUCAUUUCAAUGGCACAAAAACUUCCAUUCACUCCCAUUGAUUUCCAAACCAUGUGACCCUGAAAUGCCUCAGAAUCAACACAAAGUGACCCAAUAUGAACAGGAAGUAACCUGUAAUGCCUCAAAAUCGACAGAAAGUGGGCCGAUAUGAAGAGAAAGUGACAUGAAAUACCCCAAAAUCAAUAGAAAGUUACCCAAUAUCUACAGGAAGUGACCCAAUUUGAAUAAGAAAAAUGACCCGGAAAUGCCUCAAAAUCCUUAAAUGCCCAUCAAUCAAUAGGAAGUUACCCAAUGUCUACAGGAAGUGACCCUGAAAUGCCCCCGAAUCAACAGAAAGUGACCCAAUAUGAACAGGAAGUGAACCCAAAACGCCCCAAAAUUAACAGGAAGUGACCCAAUAUGAACAGGAAGUGGACCUAAAACGCCCCAAACUCAACAGGAAGUGACCAAAUAUGAACAGGAAGUGAACCAAAAAGGGCCCAAAAUCGACAGGUAGUGACCCCGAAAUGCCUCAAAAUCAACAAGUGACUGCAAAAUUCCCCACAUCAACAGGAAGCGACCAAAUAAAAAUAGCCCAAAAUAAACAUGAAGUGACCCAACAUGAACAGGAAGUGAGCCCAAACUGGCCAAAAAGCAACAGGAAGUUACCCUAUAUCUACAGGAUGUAAUCCUGAAAUGCCCCCCAAAUCAACAGGACGUGACCCAAUAUGAACAAAAAGUGAACCCAAAAUGCCCCAAAAUCAACAGGAAGUGACCGCAAAACCUGACCAUAUCAACAGGAAGUGACCCAAUAAAAAAUGGCCCAAAAUAAACACGAAGUGACCCCAAAA